UGAAAGGAGGAAGACUGCUGUUGAUACAGGGAAGAAUGCCACUGCUUCUUCUCAUAAACAGCCUUGAGGAGGAGUGAGGAGAGAUGAGAGCCGGUUCGCCUUUUACACCAACGCUAAUUAGCCAGGCCGCCACGUUCAUGUAAGUUCUUGUCGGUUUUCUUUCACCAACACGCUAAGCGAGCCAAAACAGACAGGAGAAAGUGCGCGGAAAGCCGUUAGUCUGCGGGAGCGUUAGCGUCUCUCCACUGAGGACGGGCUGAUGCUGUUUCUUUAAGAGGGUAAGGUGGGAGAGGAGAGCCCCUCACUGACGCGCUAACAUAAAUUUAGCAACAACGUGCUCCACGGCCACAACAAUCUGGAAGCAAAUAUGACAUGUCAUGUCAGAAAGCACUUUUCCAGUGAGGUGAAACUCGGCGAGAACUACGAGAAGAGACACAUUCACCGCAUUUUCCAGCGUCCACCAGGCUCAGCACUGUGAAUUCUCCUAGAACUGAACUGUCAGAGCUAGAAUGAAGCGAACAGGACUUCUCUUCAUGUGGUGGGCUUUGCUCUUCUUCAAGGUGUGGGCAGAGGCUAGUGAUGGAGAAGCUGUCUUCAUCCGCGAGUUCACCCUGAGCCGCCACAACGACUUCCCUGACGAUUCCCAGAAUGAAGGUCCUGGAAGCCACAAAUCUGAAGAUUCUAGCUCUCGGACCGCACGCUCAGAGGAGGACAGGGAGACGCUGUGGGAUGCCUGGGGCACAUGGAGUGAGUGUUCACGCACCUGCGGAGGAGGAGCUUCAUAUUCCCUCAGACGCUGUCUUAGCUCCAAGGCUUGUGAGGGGCAGAAUAUCAAAUACCGCACAUGCAGUAAUGUGGAUUGCCCACCAGAAUCCGGAGACUUUCGUGCUCAACAGUGCUCAGCCCAUGCUGAUGUGCGCUACCAGGGCAGCUACUACGAAUGGCUUCCAGUGGACAAUGACCCCGAGAACCCGUGCGCCCUCAAGUGCAGAGCUAAAGGCACCGACCUGGUGGUAGAGCUGGCGCCAAAGGUUCUGGAUGGGACACGCUGCUACACAGAGUCUUUGGAUAUGUGCAUCAGUGGGGCCUGUCAGAUUGUUGGCUGUGAUCAUGAGUUAGGGAGCACUGCUAAAGAGGACAACUGCGGCGUUUGCAAUGGAGACGGUUCGUCUUGCAGACUUGUGAGAGGGCACUACAAAUCUCAGCAUGCCAGUGGGAAAACUGAAGACACUGUGAUUGUUAUUCCCUAUGGAAGCAGGCAUGUGCGGCUGGUUCUGAAAGGCCCGGAUCACUUGUACCUAGAAAGCAAGACCUUACAGGGGGCAAAGGGAGAAACUUCUCUGGAUGGGACCAAGCAGUACAUUCUGGAAAACACAACCAUUGACUUCCAAAAGCUCUCAGACAAGGAGGUUCUGAGAAUCACCGGACCACUAGAAGCUGACUUUACUGUUAAAGUUCAUUAUGCCAGUGGUGUGGACAGCGUGGUACAGUUUAUCUUCUACCAGCCCAUUGUCCAUCGCUGGAGAGAGACUGACUUCUUCCCCUGUUCUGUAACCUGUGGUGGAGGAUAUCAGCUGACCUCAGCAGAGUGCUUUGACCUGCGCAGUGAUCGUGUGGUGGUGGACCAGUAUUGCCAUUAUUACCCUGAGAAUGUCAAACCCAAACCCAAACUGCAGGAGUGCAACAUGGACCCUUGCCCUGCCAGUGAUGGCUACAAGCAAAUAAUGCCCUAUGACCUCUACCACCCGCUGCCACGGUGGGAGAGCAGCCCGUGGACGGCCUGUUCCACGUCCUGCGGCGGAGGGGUCCAGAGCCGCUCGGUUUCCUGUGUGGAAGAAGACAUGCAGGGAAACAUCACUCCCACAGAUGAGUGGAAAUGUCUGUAUGCAUCCAAGACAUCCAUCCUACAGCCAUGUAACACAUUUGACUGCCCAACAUGGCUUGCACAGGAGUGGUCACCGUGCACAGUGACUUGUGGACAAGGCCUGCGUUACAGAGUGGUCCUGUGCAUCGAUCACAGAGGCUUGCAUGCUGGAGGCUGCAAUCCCACCACAAAGCCACACAUAAAGGAAGAGUGCCUGGUUCCUGUUCCCUGUUACAAGCCCUUAGAGAAGCUCCCUGUGGAGGCAAAGCCACCAUGGUUCAAGCAAGCCAUAGAACUGGAGGAAGAUACUGCUGUGUCUGAAGAGCCAAUGUUUAUCCGAGGAGCGUGGGGGCCCUGCAGCAGGACAUGUGGUGCUGGAACACAGAGGCGCACAGUGAAAUGUCAGGUGUUGCUGUCCUUCUCUCAGACAGUGGCUGACCUUCCAGACGAUGAAUGUGAGGGGCAGAAGCCUGCAGAGAGUCAGCCCUGUUACCGUUCUCCCUGCCCUGGAGUGAAUACUGAGCAGGAGGGUGAGAGAGUUAGGAGCGUGGUUCUAGAGAGGGAGGAGUUACAUGACUGGGAGUAUGAGGGCUUCACUGAGUGCUCUGAGACGUGUGGUGGAGGGAUGAAGGAGGCAGUGGUAAUCUGUCUGAACAAGCAGACCAGAGAAGCUACAGAUGAAAGUGAGUGUGUGAGCACACGACGACCUCCUCAGCUCCUAAAGGCCUGCAACACUGACCCCUGUCCACCCCGGUGGGAGGUAGAGGCUUGGAGCUCCUGCUCAGCAACAUGUGGGGUUGGCCUUCAGACGCGUGCCGUUACCUGUGUGCUGAAAGGAAAAGCACACAGCAACCACACAGAGAAGGUCAAAGAUGAAAAGUGUCGGCAGCCCAAGCCCUCCUCUGUACAGGCUUGUAAUCGUUUUGAUUGCCCACCAACAUGGGAUACCAAGGAGUGGAGUCAGUGUUCUCAUACAUGUGGAGGUGGCACACAGAAGAGGGAGGUUGUCUGUAAGCAGAGAAUGGCAGAUGGAAGUGUACUGGAGUUACCUGAGACCUUCUGUCCCUCUCCAAGCUUGCCCAUGCUGCAAGUCUGUGGCCAGACAGACUGCCCUGCCCAGUGGGUCUUCACAGAUUGGACACAGUGUUCGGCAACCUGUGGAGAAGGGACCCAGAGGCUGCUUGUGGUGUGCAGGAGGAAGGAACAGAAUGGGCAGUACCAGACUCUGGUUCCAGAGGCCUGUGCUUCACUCACAAAGCCUUCUACUGCUCGAUCGUGCUCCGCUGGACCCUGCGAGAAGACUUUCAAGUCGGUAGCUGCAAAACCAGAUCCUGCCAUCUUGGCUCAGAAGAAAGUCUAUAUUCAGUGGAGAAAAGGCCCAAAACUGCACUUUGUAGUGGGUGGAUAUGCCUACUUACUGCCAUGGACAUCUAUUGUACUCCGUUGCCCAACCCGCCACUUUCGUAAGGGCCAUGUUCGCUGGCUAAAGGAUGGAAAGCCAUUGGCUCUUUUGCCUCAUGUUUCCAUAUCUCACAUGGGUUACAUCAAGAUUCAGCAGGUUCGCGCCUCGGACGUGGGGAUGUACACUUGUGUUGCGGGUCAGGCACAGGAAAACUUUGUCCUGAAGCUUAUUGGCGGCAAGCAGAAGAUAUCUGUUCCAGAAGCUGACUUCUGGAUCACAGAUGGUGUUAAAAGCUCACCAAAGACUCAUCAAAUGUCAUCUGUAUCUGAGGAGACAGCCAAAGAGGUGCUGUCUUUCAAUCGCUAUGACGCUGUGGUGCAGCACUUGCUUGACCUAAAAAAUUUAGCCCUGGAGGGCUAUGUCUCCAAGGAACUGCUGGAUUCUGCUGAGAAGAAUAGGUCCAUUCUAGAAGAGGAUACAGUAUUGGAUCCUCAGAGCCCGCAGGUUCUGGUGGCAGACAUGCCAAAACUUGAUGAGGUCACUCGGAAUUUGUCUGGUGGCGUCCAGGGCCCUGUAAAGGAUGAGCUUAUUACUCAACUUUUAGAGGAACUAACAAAGAACACCGGGGAGAAUAAUGAAUCCACCUUGGAACCCAAUGACAGACAGGAAUUCUCAACUCAGGGUUACAUUUCUCAAAGAACUGGUUUACGAAUGCCAUCCCAUUCCACCAGACAAUGGCGUGGGCAUCUCCGAAGCCCUGUCAUUAUACAGAGGCCCUUGAGAGGCUACAAGUUCCCUAAUGAAAUAGUGGCACAUGUUGGUAGUCUUGUUUUGGUCCCAAGGCAGGCCAUCAGGUUGGAGCUAAGAUGCCAAGCACAAGGCAACCCACAACCAGUGACAAUUUGGACAAAGGAUGGCAUGGAGUUGACAAACAGCAGCAGAGUAGGCCUAAUGCCAGACGGCUCCCUGCACGUUGACGCUCCAAGGGAGACAGACUCUGGACUCUACACAUGCAGAGCUACAAAUCAUCUAGGCUCCACUUCACUGUCAUCUCAAGUGCAAAUAACAGACAACUUGCAGUCAUCUCACUCCUGCCAUGGACAACACUGCCGCCACAGAUGGCAGGUGUCAUCCUGGUCGUCCUGCUCUGUGAGCUGUGGUGGUGGGAUACAGAGCCGCAGUGUGACUUGUUUAGGUGUUGCAGAAGGAGCAGAGGCAUGUCUGGGUGCUGGUAGGAGACCAGCAGAAACCAGGCCCUGUAACACUCAGCUGUGUGUCAGCUGGGUGACAACAUCAUGGGGCCCUUGUAAUGGGCAGUGUGUUGGACCAAAGCAGGCACUGCAGCACAGACACGUGUUCUGCCAGGACAAGAACAGCACCAGAGUAGCACAUCGAAUGUGCAGCAGUCAACCAAGGCCUCUCUCUCAUCAAAACUGCACCUCAGAGGCCUGUGCUCUGCACUGGCGAGUCGGCCCAUGGACGCAGUGCACGGCCACUUGUGGUCGCCAUGGUUUCCAGUCACGUCAUGUGACAUGUGUGCACCGCCGCAGCGGUAAACCAGCUCGAGAGUUCCACUGUGCAUGGAGGCCUCGGCCUGCUAGCUGGCAGCGCUGCAACAUUCUGUCCUGCGGGAGAGGUGAAUGUCGGGACAGCACCAGGUACUGCGAGAAAGUCAGACAACUGGAAUUGUGUCCUCUACCCCAGUUUAAAGCACGCUGCUGCCGGUCCUGCAGAGACACCUGAGACUCUAUCAGGACUAAAGGACAGAGACAGAGACUAAUCCAGAGACUAAAGAACUCCUCUGCACAGCCCAACACAUGACUUGUCUCCAAGAGCCAGGAUCUGUGAAGGGUUACGGUCACUGAGAUUGGAGGAUGUCAGAGACUGGCAAGUGAUUAAAUCCUUUAAUCAGCCCUAUGACCAGAACGCAUGGGCACUAGACUGGACGCAAAUUAUUAUUAAUGAACAUUGACCUUAAUUUGACUUCAGUGAAGGCUUUGAUUUAAGUAUGUCUUUGUAUUCCUCUUUAUUUGUUUUUGCAUUGACUGCCUUUCUGAUGGUCCAGAGAGAUGUGAGAUGUGUUGAAAUUCACUGGAUUGCACUCCAUCCCCAUUAAAAUCAGUGUCCUCUAGUCAUAAAGGAAUGUCCACAAGGGUUUUCUGGAGUCUAGGACUUUAUAAUCGUGUUUCUCUAAUGUUAUCAAAAAUGUGAUAUUACCAUAAUUUGCUACCGUACAGCAUACUGCAGCAAACGACUAGAUUUUGGUGGGUAUCUGAAUUGGAAACUACUUUUCUCUACAUUUCCUGCAUUAAUGGUUAGGUUAUGCUGCAUUAAGACAUCAGUGGUAAGAUUUGCAGUCAUCUUAGCUGUAGUCUUAUUAGAGAAGAAAUGUCCAAGUAUUGAAAAUUUUAAAAACUUAAUAGUGGAUGGAAACCCUUAUAGUUUUGCACUCAAGAUUUGCAGGUCCAUGUUCAAAUGUGGCUUGAUUUGUAUUAUUUUUACUGUUUGGUUGUAUUUUUGUGUCACUCUUUUACAGAUUGUUGUGGUUUGUCUGUAUGUCCUCAAUUUUUUUAACCACUUAUCAAGAUAGUACUUAGUAUUGCUCUUCCCCAACUAAAUAUUACUGUUAGAUAAUAUGUGAAGU